AUGGCGCCGCCCUUGCAGCCAUGUGCUCGCCACGUGGUCGACAGCCCGCCGACUCGCAUUCCGGGGGAGCCCUGCCGGCCAGCCCCCCCCGUGGCAACCCCGUUGGUUGGGUCCCGCGCCCAGCGCUUCGUGGCAACUCCACUGCCCGGGAUGACCGCGGCGACACCCCACGGCCCCCCCUGCAGGCAUGGUGGCUGCCCCUCCAGGCAGAGCGGCCCCGCGUCCGGGCCACCGCUCCUCGCUCAGGCGCUCCCCAGCCGGGCUCUAGCUCGCCCACCGCGCCAACCCCCGCCACUGCGCCGUUUUCGGCGCCGUGCGCCGUCCCAGGGUCCUCGCCCCGCGCUGCUCUGGGUGCGGUGCUGCUCGCAGCGACCGGACCGGCUCGUCGCUCCGGGCGGAAGUGGGCGGGGCCGCCGCGGCAGGCGUGGAGCUCGUACCGGCGCCACCGCCCAUGGCCACAGCUCCACCGCCGGAGCCGUCCGCCUCGCCACCCGCAGCUCCGGGCGGUUCCACGCUGCCCCAUCCUCCUCAAACAUCGCGCCGUUGCUGCUGGCAGGCACAGCAACCGCUGCCCAGCCACCCGCCCGCAGCACGGGCCAUGGUCCAUGCACGCCUCCCGCAGAGGCAGCCCGCAAAGUGGCCAUGAGAGAGGAAGAGAAGGCACCACGUCCUGCUUUCGGCAUGGGCAAAAUGGCGCCACCCAUGCUCCAGCGUGGACCUCACGUGUCCGCAAAGUUGCAAUGGCUUGGGAAUUCAAAGUCCGUUCCCUUCCACCAGUCACACAAUUCACGACACGCACCUUACUCCCGGGAUCCACGCAUCCGUGAAAAUUCAGUACAAAAAGGUACAAUCUUUGUCCGAGUCUCUGGUACCCCCCCCCCCGCUUUCCACAUGCAGUUCAAACAAUGGGUGCAGGUCAUCUGUGGAGAGACCCACUACCGGGCGUAG